UAUUCUGUUUUCUGCAUUCAUUCGGCAUUGUUUGGUCUUGUGAAAGCUGUACUCGUAAUUAAAGUUAAAUAUCUUGUUUAUUUGCAAUUUAUUAACUUUAUAAACAAUAAUAGAGUUGCUUUAUAAGUUUUACAAUGUAUGCCUGUUAAUAUUUGCCUUUUUGUAGUCAACAUGGACUUGAAACUACGUGUUGUAAACUAGUCACCGAAUAGGUUACAAAUAGACUUCCUAUAUUUUCAUUCUUAAAGUUAAAAAUGGAGUUAUCUCCAAUCAAAGAAGAAGAGAUACCUAAGCAUACCAAAGAAAGCUCGGGCGAUGAGAGUUCAGAAGACAAAGAACCAAAAACGUCCAGCCAACGAGAAAAGAGUGACGAAAAGGACAGGGAUGUAAAAGAUGACCGUGAUAAGUAUAAGAGCAAGCGAGAUAGAUCGAGAAGUCCGUAUCACAGGAGACAUCGGUCAAGAUCGAGAGAUAGAGACAGGAAAUCGGAGGACAGACGAUCGAAAGAUCGCAAGUCUGAGGACAGACGAUCGAAGGAUCGUAAGUCGGAGGACAGAAGAUUGAAAGAUCGUAAGUCGGAGGAUAGGCGAUCGAAAGAUCGCAAAUCGGAGGACAGACGAUCGAAGGAUCGCAAAUCUAGAUCGCCACACGGUAAACGAUCCAGAUCCAAGGAUAGGAGUUCCAAGUCACAUAGGAGGUCGAGGUCACGUAGUAGGAGACGAUCAAGGUCCCGCAGCCACAGUCGACGUCGUUCCCGCUCGCGUUCGCGCGAUCGCCGCAGCAGUUCGCGUCGCCACAGUUCGCAUCGCAGUUCGCGGCGAACCAGGUCGCGUUCCCGCUCGCGGUCCAGGUCGAAACACCACUCUUCCGGUUCGUCGAUGGGCGGCUACUAUAGUGGAAAGUACAAACAGCUAUCCGGAGGGGGUAGGGGCUCUUACCCCCACUCUGUCGACUACAGUCUCAUCAAGUCGCAGAAGAAAAUGGCCAUCUUGGAAAAGCUGGGGAUUGAUCUUGUCAUACCGCCCGAGAUGCAGGACAAAAAUGCGAAAGUGUUGGGAUGUGUGUUGCCAGGUGCUGGCGGUGGUGAAGGGGGAAAAGAUAAGCUGCCAGUGUUGUCGAGUGACCUAGCCUCGUUUUGCAACCUGACGCCAGCCAACUCCAAGGCCAUCAUGGAGCGACUGCAUCGCAAGAAGGUGCUCUGGCAGAAGAGUGAUUCUACCUCCACCACUUCCUCCACUCCUGCUGCUACUGAAGCAGAGGGAGCUAACUCUCAGCAGCAGUCGGCAGCUCCGGCGGGUAGCAGCGUAUGGCAGUCCUCGUCAGCACUUUUCUCCAAAGAUGGCGACGGAAAACAGACCGCCAAGUUCAAACGACUCAUGGGAAUUAAGGACGACGGCACAGACGGGACAACAGCUGUUACAGCUGCGCUGGUGGGAUCAACUGGUGGGGUGGUGGGGGAAAACCCAGCUGAUCAGCUGAUGAAGAAGCAGGAGGAGAUGUUCCAGAACAUGGAGGCCCAGUACGAGGUGGCUCGAGCCUCCACGCACACACAUCGAGGCAUUGGCCUUGGGUUCGGAAUACACCAGUAUCCUAGAUAGGGAACAGGUUGGGUUCGGAAUACACCAGUCUCCUAGAUAAGGGGCAAUCUCAAAUCAAGCUUCUUUAUUGAUGAACCUUCGCCAAUCUAAGAUUAUUUUCCUUGAGAUCGAAAAAUUAAUGUCUAUUCCUGUUCCUUAUUAAAAUAUACUUGUCGCAUUGAAUUAAUGAAUGAAUUGAGAUGAGUGAUAAUUAGGAUGUAUGUAAAUAAUUAGGCAUUGCAAUAAAUAAAACUAUGUUAGAUCAAAGAUUAUUUUUAAUUGAGAUUUGCGAAAUUAAUCUUGAUUGAUUAAUAUUAUAAUCGUUGAUUAAAGUCUGGUACUAUUUAUUUUACUUUACGAGAGCGUUCUAUAGCUCCAAGUUGAAACUUUAUAGCUGUACUGAAUGUUAACCACUUUGAAGAAGCUCCAUGGACAUUGGAGAAAUCAAUGUUUUUAAUUUGACAUCUUUUAAAUGAAAUACUAUUGUAUUACUUAUUGCAAUAAAUAGUGUAUGAUAAUUUGUGUAUAUAUUAUUUCUUAUCGAAUAAACUUAUUUGCAAAGAA